AUGCUCAGAGCCAAUUCCCAGCAGGAUUCCAUCCCGGGCAAUCAGCUCACUAUGGGACCAAACUCUACGGUGCUUUGGUCUCGGAAUGGUGUGCUCAUGCGCAAAUUCUCUUUCCCAGAUACCCCUCAAGAAUCAAUUAGAGCUGUUUUUGUUGCGUUCCAACAACACCCGGUUCGUGGCGGUGCCAAUGCUCAACCAGAAUCAGUUGAUGCAAUAGCCAUUCUCGCCGCAAAUUACCUUCAUGCAUACUACCUCAGAGGAGAUUUCCAUAUUGUUAGUAUACCAUUUGUUGUGGCGUCUAUAACAGCAUCUCCACAUGGGCUUGUCCUAUCACGUAACUUUGAUGCCCCAGGGACUCUUGCUGAAGAUGAUGGACAUUCACCUAAACUUCAUCUUAUGUCAAACCCAUUGCUUGAACUAGAACCCAUUUAUACAUCUUCCCUUACUACAAUUUGUCUUUCCGAAGAGCCUGUUUAUUUUGGAGGUGUUUCUGAGAUCCCCUUUGUAGUCACUUUUGAUCCUGUUCGUCGUCAAGUCAACAUCUACUACCUACGGUAUCAUCACAAUUCUCCCCCCACUCCCCAUACUUUUGAUGAAAGUAUUCGAAAUCAUUCUAAACUUAACAAAUCGACUUCAUCAGCAUCAUCGCAUCUAAUGCUUACUUCAGUUAGCAGUUUUUCUUUAUAUACGUCUUUGGAUCACCUUUAUGUCGAAGCAUGUACUUUAAAUCAAGAAACAGCAAUCAUUGUUUCCAACAGUUUGUCAAAUACCAUCAACAUUAUGUUAUUCAGUACUUUAGAAAAUCCCUCUUUUGCCAUUCCAGCAUUGUCAAAGUCUUUUGAAAUCCCCGGAUCGUCACCUCUACUAUUGACUGAUAUCAGUAAUAAAACGAGAAUUCUUGCAGUGUUAAAUCAACCCAACAACAUCUAUCUUUUUGAUCCAUUUUUAUCGAUAAAGUCAAUCCCGAUUCAACUUCCAUCUCACUGGGGAAAUAUCACUCAAAUUGGGUUCUACAGUUACACUUCAUCUAACUUGAUUUACGCAUUCUCCGACAAAUUUUAUAACAUCAAUCUUCCAAUUGUACCAAGCGAUGACCUUUCAGUAAAGAUUUUCCAAGGUCUUUAUAAAUUAGUUGAUCUUAGAGUUUUCCGCACCUUGAGUUUUGCAUGGACUGUGCUAUUAAAUGCAAUUACUCUUUCAAACUGGGAAGCGCUGGUCGCAUCCUUGGUUUGCCAAUUAUACCCAGCAUCCCGCCUAAAGGAGUUUACAGAACAGUUCAAAAACUAUCAAAUUGACACAAUGACACUAGAUGAAAUUUUACCGACCGCUUUAAAAAUUGCCGAAUCUUUUGAUGACAAAAUUAGCCCGGAACUUUGCCCCCAUGUCAUUAACCUUUUGCAUUACAUUCGUGAAGAACUUCGAUUAGGGUACACAUCUUCAGGAAGCCUCUCACAAAUUGAUAAGUUUUUAAUGUAUCUCGCUCAUUGGUCUGGCUGGAACGACUCUUGGAAAUCAUACUAUGGGUUUGCGCCAACAGCCCCUCAAUUAACUAUUGAAGAGUACAGUCAUCCUUUUUCUGAACCCCCAAAUAUUUUAAAAUGUCUAGCUUCGGAACCUUCUACUGCAUACUUUCCCCGUCUGUCUGAGAUAUACUCUGAUCCUUCUCUUGACGAUUUAACUCCAUUAUCUGUUGUCACCUUAAGGUUUUUUAAUCUUUUAACCCAAGAUUCAGUUGAAAACUUUUUGUCAGUUAAACUUUCAAAGAAAAUCCUAAAUGAUCUCUCUGGUGGAAUACAGCAUGUUAUUUUUGAAUACCUUUCUGAGAAUUCCCAAGAACUUGUAAAGCUCGAUGAUACUGAGCUAUGGGAUAUUCUUGGACGCGAUGACCUACUUUUUUCCACAUUAACUCCGGAAAUGUCUCAGCUUGGUACUAAUAAAGAUGCCAUGCCAAAGUACACAUCAGCUUUAAUUAGCACGGUUGGAGACUUGGAGUUUCUCAGCGCCUGGGAUGAACAAACUGAAUCUGAUAGAACUAAAAUUUCUCGGCUUAUUUUUUCCACUGACCGCAGAUUUUAUGAAGUAUCACGCAUAUUACAAUCUUCGAAACCAAAACCCAUCAUUGUCAUUCAAACCCCAAAUAUGAGUGAGCUUGAUCUUCUUAACAAGCAAGAAGAAACAUACAUUUUGUCAGUUUUGAAGACCUGCACUGUUCCUAUUGGACGUGCUGCAUUUUACUAUUCUGCCCGCAAACCUCUAGUUACUGAAAAGUUUCCAAUUCCCAAGCUCAAUUUUUCAGCCAUUGUCAAGCCCCGGGACAUUACGAUGACUCUUAACAAAUCUUUGGUUUCUGAAGAAAAUCUUUCUUGGGGGUAUUUCCACAAUGGUAUUGCUUCGGGAUUGAGUUUGGUUAAGGAUACCAUCACUGUUAAUGGCAACUGGAUUGCUUUUAACAAACCUACUCAUUUAAACUCUCAACACGCAGGCUUCCUUUUGGGUAUUGGUUUAAAUGGGCAUCUUAAAAACUUGGAAGAAUGGCACAUUUAUAACUAUCUCGGUCCCAAGCACUCUCAUACAAGCAUUGCGCUUUUAAUUGGCAUGGCUGCAAGUAAUUUACGCUCUAUGGAUACCAAACUUACCAAGGUUUUAAGUGUUCACAUCUUUGCUUUACUACCUCCUGGUUCCAGUGAUUUAAAUGUUUCUGUUGAGGUUCAAACUGCAGGCGUUGUAGGCAUGGGUUUACUUUACCUGGAAUCAUCGCACCGGCGAAUGACGGAAACGUUUUUGGGAGAACUUGAAGGGCGCACUCGUGUUCAUACUGAAGAAAGCAUCCGGAUACAUACCAAUGAGAGUUAUAAGUUGGCAACGGGUAUUGCACUAGGGUUGAUUAAUCUUGGCAAGGGUAACGAUCUCAAAGGUUUGAACGACGUUAAGAUUGUUGAACGUCUUAUGCAAAAAGCCAUUGCUCCUCGAGAUGUCCAAACUUCGCAGUUGGAGAUUUCCAUGCCUGGCACUAUUGCCGCUUUAUUGCUUAUAUUUCUUCGCACAAACAACUUUGAGAUUGCAAAAAAAUUGGCUCCUCCGGAGAACCAAGAAGCUUAUGACUACAUUCGCCCAGAUCUUCUUUUAAUUCGCACGUUGGCUUAUCAUGUCAUUAUGUGGGACCAGAUAGGUAGCAAUGCAGAGUGGAUACAAGAAAAUAUCCCUAAGGCUGUGCUUCUUACAACUUCUGAAACCAAUUCCAAUUACUCAACAGAUACAAUUUCUUAUUACUACAUCAAGGCUGGUCUUUGUAUGGCAAUGACAUUCAAGUAUGCAUCAACUGGAAAUACCAGCGUCCGAGAUUGUAUUGUGCAUUUUCUUGAUGUUGUCUGCAAGCUUACUGAACAUAAUGUGACCCAGCAUGACCAGCUACUUGCCAAACAAGCACUCCUUCAUAUCCAAAACUCUCUGUGUCUUUCGUUGUCUAUUGUCAUGUCUGGUACUGGCGAUUUGGAAGCUUUAAGACGAUUUCGUCGUCUUUGUCUCAAGACACGAAAGGAUACUUGUGGCGUCAAUAUUGCGACGCAUUUAGCUUUGGGCAUUUUGUUUCUUGGAGGUGGACAGUUUCGAUUUGGCAAUGACAAUUUUGCUCUUGCAGCUCUAUUUAUUUCCGUUUAUCCUGUGUUCCCCAGAGUUCUUGUGGAUAAUACAUCGUACUUGCAGCCAUUGCGAUACUUUUGGGCUUUGGCCGCCAAGCCCAACUGUGUCGUUGUACGAGAGGUUGAAACAGGACACCCAUGUGUGGUCAAUUUACAAAUUGAGUACAAAUCUGGUAAAAUUGUGGUUCAAGAAGCACCUUGUGCCAUUCCCAAUAUUGAAAAUGUGCUACAAAUCUCUACAGUUUCUGACUCCUAUAGUCCGGUGCAAUUGGAUCUGGCUUCCGCACCAGAAUCGCCACUCACAAAGGCCUUUUUAAAGACAUUAACAGUUUACGUGAGUCGUCGGAGUACCAUCAUCAAUAAAGCAACUGAUAUCUUUCAACAAAAUGGCAACAAGUACAAGUCAAGCACGAGUAACAACCCCUUGGGUUCGGGCGCAACAGGACCUCCCACGCAGCAGCAUGGUGGCUCAUCCUUAGCCAGUGUUUUAUCCAAGGUUAAAAUUCUGGCCGAUAUUGACUUGGAGCGGUUUACCCAAUCCAAUACGUCUUUACUUCAUCGUGCCUUUGAAACCUCAAAACAGGAUUUGAUGUUUGCAAAUAUGUCGGCAGCACGGUCGCCAAGAUCAAAUGAAGACUUGUGGAACAUGCGUCUUAUUUUUGCCUAUCAAGAGUACUUGCAAAGCGGGAAUGGUGAUCCUGAAACCAACUUAAAAGUGGAUGAGAUGAAAACGCUUCUUUGGAAAUGGAAGUGUGAGCGCCAAAAAAGCAAUUCGUAG